GUUACAGAUCAGUGUUGUGGUUUUGUCAGGGCCUGACUGUGACAGAAUUAGUUGUUUGGGGGUUUGUUAAAGGCUUAGAGUACGAGUGUUUCGUGUGUGUGGAAGGUUGUGAUAUGGGAGUAAAGCACCGUUCAGAUUACCAACAGAUGUUCAGAAAUGAAGGGCUCAUCUAAACUCUUCUGUGGGCUCCUCGUGUCAUACUUGUGUCUUAGAGCCACAGGUUCAACGGAGCAGUUAUCUGUGAUACAGUGCCCCGCCAACAUUACUGUAUAUGAGGGAACUUCUGCUCAAAUCAAAUGCUGCUGGAUUAACAUCAGCCGUCCAUUGAAAGUUAGUUGGCUUAAGAAUGAGAAAACCAUUUCAGCUGGAAAGCAGCACCUCCAAGAGCAGAGCUGUUCUACACUAAACCUCACAAACAUAACUAAAAAUGACACAGGAAAUUAUGUUUGUAAAGUGAUUAAAGACAUACCAUACCUGCUUGAGGUGAUGGGAAAUAAAACAGUCCUAACAGUCACUGAAAAAUGCAACUCAGGCAAUGCAACUACUAAAGAAAAACUUAGUUAUACUUCUCAAACAACUAGAACUGCUGUGACAAGAAGUUCUGAUACAUCCUCAAUCACAACCUCAAAUCUGAUCCUGCCUUUGUCCCUGGUCACUGCCAUCGGCUUACUGACCUUCUGCUUGGCCUUCAUCUUCUGCAAGAAGAGGAACUCCUGCAAAAAUGCAGAACAAAUGGACAUUCAGCAGAUACCUCAAUGUGAGGGGGAGGAGCAUGCAAACAUGGAGGAGAGGCUUAGCACAAACUCCUCCCAAGGAUCUAUCCAAUGGUAUCACGUCCCUCUUUAUUGGUCUUACUUUGAUGUACAGAGGGAUGAAGACCAAAGUCAACCAGAAUAGAAAAAAGACAAGCUUCUAUUCAUCUAUUCAUUGGAUUUUAUAUUUUCUUAUGUUUGUAUCUGGCAGCUGAGAGAAUGUUUAAAUAUCAAAUGCUGUAACAGUGAACAGAUUAAUUGGAAACCCUUUGAGCUCUUGAGUUGCACUUGAUUAUCAGUUUUUAAUCUUUUUGUUGCAGCACAGUUGUGCUUUGAAACAAAAAUGCAUGUGGUUGGGUUGGUUGUUUUCUGUGUGUUACAAGUUUGUUGAAACUUUAUGAAAAAAUCAAAUGCCUGAACAUGAUGUUUCCAAUUAAUAUCCAACCAUAAGCUGCUUGGAAACGUGCAUGCUCACAGAGAUUUGAUCAGAUAUGUAUUAUAUGUCAAAGGAACUCUGUCUAAAGUGUAAUAGACCAGUAAUUCUGUGUCAAACAUUGUUUUGGUGACCACAAAAAUGUAUUUGGAUGCUUGAGCCACAUUCCAAUGAAUAUAAUUGCAUUAAAUUAAGAAAUAACAACAUAAAAUAAAAUGACAUUUGCAAAAUAAUUAUGCUAGAGCUUUUCACAGAACUACACUUUACUGCACCAUUAUUGCAAUGACUUUUAACCAACUGGCCCCAAGGUGAUUUUUAGUGGAGGUGUAGUACAUCACAUUAACAAUGAACAUGUUCCACUAAUUGACAACCAAAAAGUGUCCAGAAUCUUAAUUGUAUUUUUAAUGUCAAAUUUUUAAUAAACUUU